CGGAAUUUGAAAAAAGGUGAUGAAAUAAGAAAAAAAUUCCACUGCGGAUGUAGUUCCUUUAUCAAAUGCUCACCAAACUUUUAUUGCCCACUGUUGCCCGGAUCUCGGCGCAACAAGUUUCUGCCAAUGCCGCAAGAACUAGACUAUUCACCAAAGCAGCCAGUCAACUGUUCAGCAGCCGAUCCGCUAUUAUCCGAUCUGGCAUCGCUCAUGCCAAACUGACCCCGUAUGCUCUUCUCCAUACAACAACAAGACAAUUAUCAGCGGCUGCUGUGGAAGCGGUCAAAAUUCCGGCCGUGGAAGCAGAAGAGGAAGCAGUGCCAGAAAAACAGCGAUUUGACUCCAUUGAAGCAAUCAAUGGAACAACUCAGAAGGCGCUCGACAAGGUGUUUGGAUAUCAAGAGAUGUCGUCUGUCCAAGCUGCUGUUUUGUCAAGACUUCCCAAUGAAGAAGACAUGUUUGUCAAGGCGAAAACGGGUACCGGUAAAACGUUGGCUUUCUUGAUCGCGGCUCUUGAGACGGCCCUCAAGGGAAAGUCCUCCAAAGAUCUGCGAGUGUUUGAAGGCACUUCCAUCAUGGUCAUUUCCCCCACCCGUGAGUUGGCUAAUCAGAUCGCCGAAGAAGCGCAGAAACUGGUGAGUUUCUAUCCUUUCAAGGUCCACUGUUUGGUGGGCGGUGAUUCAAAACGCCGUCAAAUUGUCAAUCUCGAACGUCGCCGUUGCGAUAUCGUGGUGGCCACGCCCGGUCGUUUGAAUGAUAUGUUAUCCUCGGUUCCUCACUUCCGACGCAUGUGCCAGUCACUCAAGGUACUGGUGUUGGAUGAAGCCGAUCAGUUAUUGGAUAUGGGUUUCAAGGCAGAAUUACAGCGUAUUCUCAAUCAGAUUCCCGACGAACGUCAAACCAUGCUCUUCUCCGCCACCAUCAACAAGGAAAUCCGUGAAAACCUUGGCAAGUUUGCCCUGUCCCCAAAACAUACCUUAAUCGACACUGUUGGAAAGGAUGAUGUCAAUACCAAUGCCCACGUGAAGCAGUCCGCCAUCGUGGCUCCUUACGAAACCCAAUUGCACUUGGUCAAGGACCUGUUGGAAAACUACGAAGCAGCCAACUCUGGCAAAGUCAUUGUCUUUUUACCUACCACCAAGUCCACCAUGGUCUAUGCACAACUGUUGAAGAGUUUGCUGCCCAAGCGAGAAGUGUUUGAACUUCAUUCCAGAAAAAAUCAAGAUCAACGUAGUAAGAUUGCCGAUCGUUUCCGACGCUCUCGCCAUGCCUCUAUUCUUGUGACCUCGGAUGUCUCUGCGCGAGGUGUCGACUACCCCGGUGUCUCAUUGGUGCUUCAAAUCGGUGUGCCUUCCACUCGUGAACAAUACAUUCAUCGGUUGGGACGAACCGGUCGUGCCGGUCGUGAGGGUGAAGGUAUCAUUAUGCUUGCUCCGUUUGAGCAGACGUUCAUCACCAAGGAUAUCGGCGAUUUGCCAGUGCAGAAACUUGAAUCUCCAGAGUUGACGGAAGAGCAAACUCAAUCCAAUAUGGAAGCUGUGGGCCGUGCUCUUCGAGUCCUGGAUGAAGACAUCAUUACCGAAGUGUACACUGCCUAUUUGGGUUACUAUUCAUCGCGUAUGCCGUUCUUGGGUAAACGCCGUAGCGAAGCCAUCGCUCAGGGCGGAGAGUUUUUGAAGGGUUUCGGUAUCGAAGAGACUCCUCAUUUGUCCCCCUCCUUCAUUUCCAAGCUGGGUCUUUCUGAUUCCUCGGACCGUCAAAGCCGAUCUUCGUCCCGAAGACGCAGCGAUUCCCGUCCCAGAAGCUUUUCUCGUUCCCGCGAGGAUGGUGAGUUCCGUCGAUUUGAUCGACGAUCGCGCCGCGAUGGCGACGAUGAUUUCUUCCAAGAUCGACGUGGAAAGCAUCACAGCGACCGAGAAUUCCGUCCCAAGCGAUUCGAAGAUCGUGAUUCGCGACCCAAGCGUUUUGAAGAUCGUGAUUCGCGACCCAAACGCUUUGGUGGUGAUAGGGAAUUCCGCCCCAAGCGAUUUAAUGACGAAGCCCCUCGAUCCAGCCGUUUUGGCGACGAUGAAUCGUCUGGUUUCCAGCGCCGUGAAAAGACCUACCGCCGUUGAAUAACAUCCCCGUCCUCAUAAUUUAAAUCUGAUCUCAAAUUUACUCUCCCUCAUUGAUACAAUUCCAUAUAGCAGCAAAUUUUAAAUGUAGCA